AUGGAAAGGAAUAAAUUACCUUCUUUCUCUCUGACAGAGGAGACAAGUCUCUCAGAUCUGAGGAUUGUGCUGCUGGGGGGGAGAUGGACAGGGAAGAGUUCGGCGGGAGACACCAUCCUGGGCAGAGAGGAGUUUGAGUCUGGAAAAAGAACUGUGCAGUGUGUGAAGAGACAGGGUGAAGUAGCUGGCAGGCAGUUCACUGUGGUCGACACACCAGGCUGGUGGGACCAUUUCUCCAUUAAGGGUUCAGCUGAUUUGCUGAAACAGGAGAUUAUGAGCAGUGUGUCUCUAUGUCCCCCUGGACCCCAUGCUUUCCUCAUUGUCAUUAAUGCGGACUCAUCAUUUGAAGAGAAACACAGGAAAUCAAUGGAGGAACAUCUUCACCAGCUUCUCGGUGAGGGAGUCUGGAGACACUCUAUACUGCUCUUCAUCAGUGGGAACCAUUUAGGAGAAAAGCCUAUGAAGCAGCACAGUGAGACUGAAAGGAAGGCUCUCCAAUGGGUCAAAGAGAAAUGUGGGAACAGGUAUCAUGAUCUCUGUAAUAAGAACAGGGAUGAUGUCACUCAGGUCACAGAAUUGUUGGAGAAGAUAGAGGAGAUGGUGGUGGGAAACGGUGGCAGGGAAUUUCACUUAGAGACUAAAGUUUUACAAGAGCUGGAAGAGAAGAGGAAGAUGAUUGAAGAACGAGUGACACAGAGAGAUGUAAAGGUGCAGAAACAAAGAGAGAAGCUCCGAGAUCUUUUAAAGGAGCUGAGGAUUGUGCUGCUGGGGUGGAUGGGUGGAGGAAAGAGCUCCUCAGGAAACACCAUCCUGGGCAGACAGGUGUUUCGAGUUUGGAGAAGUGCUACGCAGUGUAUGAAAAGUCAGGGUGAAGUAGCUGGGAGGCAGGUCACUGUGGUCGACACACCAGGCUGGUGGAAAUUCAUUCCAGCAGACUUUACACCAGACAGGAUAAAACAGGAAAUUGUAAACAGCUUAAAUGUGUGUCCCCCCGGACCCCAUGCAAUCCUUCUGGUCAUUCGAGUAGACACAGCGUUUAAAGAAGAAGAGAGAAUAAUACUUAGAGACAACAUGAAGCGUCUCGGUAGGAGAGUCUGGAGACACACCAUAGUGCUCUUCACCUGGGGAGAAUGUCUGAGAGGAACAAGCAUCGAGCAUCACAUUGAGAGUGAGGGGAAGGCCCUUCAGUGGGUUAUAGAAAAAUGUGAGAACAGGUAUCAUGUUUUCAACAAUGAGGACAUGGAGGAUCGCAGGCAAGUCACAGAGCUGCUGGAAAAGAUUGAGGAGAUGGAGGCAAUAAACAGCGUGUUUCACCUGAGUGCUGAGACUCACAGAGACGAGAUGGAGACAGAUAGCAGUGAGGAUCAUCUCAGCACAGACACACCAAAGGAUCCUGAACUAAAACCAGAACAUCCCUUCAGCCAAGAAGGAAGACAGCAGGAACCUACCCCCUACAAGUGA